AUCGCCCCGGAACGGAUGGUUCAAGUACCGUACCUCAUGUGUUGAUUCAACAAAUCAGCCUGCAUUUGGCAGUCUUCGAAAAUCCACCCUAGCGAGUCAUCGUUUCGCCGCGUACCAAAGCUCAAGAUGCCUAACAGCUGGGGUCAACCCCUGGCUAACAUGCCUCCGCUCCAAGGCAAGGUGGCCGUCGUGACUGGAAGCAACGCCGGCAUCGGACUGUCGACUGUGAAGUUUCUGGCUCUUCGAGGGCUACCAACAAAAGACAAGGCUGAUGCAACGCGUGCUCGUCUCACAUCAGAGUAUCCCGAGAUUGACCAAGACCAACUGAGGUGGUUGUCUCUUGAUUUGGCCGACUUGAAAACCGUCGACGCGGCAGUCACAGAAUUGAAGUCGAAAGAAAAGAAGGUGGAUAUUCUGAUCAACAAUGCCGGUGCAGUCUCAUCAACUACAGACACACUAGGCCCCGGCUGGGAAUAUCACAUGACAGUCAACCAUAUUGGCCACUUUGUUUUUACAAAUGGCAUAUUGCCACUGCUCAAAGAGGCAACGAGGCAAAAGGGGGCCGAUGUGCGGAUAAUCACCCUCUCUUCCAGCGUUAACUACACCUUCCUGCCUUCGAACUACCGUUUCACAUUCGAUUCUCCGUCGUUUCUGAAAAGCCCUCUUUCAUAUUAUCCCUGGCAAUGGCGGUACAUCCUCCGCCAUUUUCUCUUCGUCGACAUGAUUCGGUACGCCGUGUCCAAGGUUGCCAACAUCCUGUUUGCCCAGGAGCUUCAGCGACUGAUGGACGAGCAAGGCCUCCCGAUCUUGUCCAUUUCAGUUCAUCCCGGUGGCGUGGCCAGCGAGGGAAACAAGGACAUCGGAAAUUCGCUCUUUUCGCUUGUCAGAUCAACUUUCUUUUUGUCCACGGAUCAAGGUGCCGCGACAUCUCUAUUCGCGGCCACAGCGCGCGAAGUGCGCGAGAACCCCGAAAAGUUCAAGGGGAAAUAUCUAGAACCCUUUGGCGAGGUUGUGACGCCGAAUCCGGUUUUUGAAGAUAUGGAGCAGGUCAGAGGGAUGUGGGAUAAUACUACUACUGAAGUCAACAAGUAUCUUACCGAGAUUGGGCUCGCACCGCUUAAGAAGUGGUAAUCAAAUGGCACUAUCUAAGGACUGUAAGUCCGAUGUCGUAAUAUUGAAACUUGUUCUUUCAGUUGAUAUUCCAUUGCGAGUGGUAUUUUUCAAAACAGCUUGACAUUUAUUCUUCGAUUAGACAACAAAGCUCUAGGCACUUCCGAAAAAGUACACCCGGGAGGUUUUUGGCAUGCUAGUGACUGAUGACGAACGAAGGGAGUAGUCACUUAUAGACAGAUGCAUUUCCAAUACUUCUUGAAAUGCUAGAUCCUAAUUAUUCUCGAUGAUAUGUAUAGCAAAAUCAUUUCCGCGUAGUUACUGGUC